UUUGUCACUUCCAGUGAAAGUACUCGGACGCGGCCAUGAGGUCCUUCGCCGCGUUUCUGACCUUUCUCUGCUGUGUCGGAUUUACUGGAUGUAAACCUUCGUUGCCCUGUCCGAGUGGACAGUUUCUGCUGAAGAAUCAGUGUGUCCUCUGUCAUCCCACCUGCUCUGAGUGCGACGGGCAUGAGCUGUUUGAAUGCACUACCUGUGGAGUUGAUGAAGAUGGACAGGAACGGUUCCUCCACCAAGGUCGCUGUAGGACACACUGCGCCCGGGGACUGUAUCCUGACAGAGGUCAUUAUGCCUGUCUGCCCUGCAUAGCCAAUUGUGAACUCUGCACAGACGGCAACAUAUGUGCCAAAUGUCAGGAACACUACAAACUCCAGAAUGGGAUCUGCCAAACGGCAUCCUGUGACAUAGGCCAGGUGCAGGACCCUGAUACAGGAGAGUGCAUUGACUGUGAGAUGGGCUGCAAAACAUGUUCCGUGGUUUCAGACACCAGUGUCGCAGGCAUUGCCCCCAGAGCACCUAUGAAGACUUGGGCAGGGGUGUGUGUCUCUCCUGUCCAGCACCAUGCACAGAUUGCAGGAGUAACACACUCUGCCUUGCCUGCCAGCUCGGUUACUUCCUCAAUGGAGGUGAUUGUGUUAAACAGUGCCCACAGCAAACCUUCAGUGACUCCAGUGGGUGGCGAUGUCAGACCUGCCACAGCUCAUGCCAGACAUGCCACGGACCUCAUUCAACAGACUGUGAUGUUUGUCUUGGUGGAAACCCUCCUCUACAUGGCCAGUGCCCUCUGCUCAACUGCCCACUGGGACAGUACUUUGAUGGUCAGAGCAGAGGCCUGUACAGUGUUGCAGUGUUGGUCGAAUUGCCCAGAAGGUUUCUUUGAGACAGCAGAGGGGUCAUGUGAAGUCUGUGAUAGCUCCUGUCUGACAUGUGAUGGCAAGUCUCAGUGUCUAUCCUGUGCUAAUGGCCACUACCUAGAGAGUGGUAUGUGUAGACUCAACUGUUCACUGCGGACAUACCCUGCAGAUGAUGGUACCUGCAGACGCUGCCCUCCCCACUGUGACGUUUGCUCAGAUGACAGCACCUGUUUCAAAUGCAGUUUCCUCUACCUGAUGCUGAAUGGUGUGUGUAAAGCUAGUUGUCCCAUGGGCUAUUAUGAGGACAUGGAAGAGGGCCGCUGUGGUCAGUGCCACCCUACCUGUGGCAGCUGUUCAGGGCCCCUGGAAGAUGACUGCGAGACCUGCUCAAUGUUUAGCCCCAAACUCUACAAGGGUGCAUGCUCCAAAGACUGCAACACUGGUACUUACUAUGAAACUGAAGCUAUGGAAUGUCAAGAACUAGCUGGAGACGCUUCAUGACCAGUGCACCCAGGCUGCACCCAGUGCGAGAAGGGACUUGUGCUGGAUCCAAAUACAUUGUUGUGUGGCGUGACAGGCGACAGAAACUGCCCACACAGGACCUACCUGCACGACGACCAGUUCACCUGCAUGGGUUGCCACCGGCACUGUUACUCUUGUGAGGGGCCGGGCAACGAUCAAUGCCAGACCUGUGCCGUCCCCAAAUACCUUCAUAAUGGCACCUGUUUGACUGAGUGCCUAGCAGGUACAUACAACACAAGGCAGGAGGCUGACGGAACAGAGCUGGGAUUCUGUUCGCCCUGUGACCAUGCCUGUUCCACCUGUACCGCAACAUCGCCAAGAUAUUGCCUCACUUGUUCUCCAGGAUACCUCCUUCAACUCUGUGUCAUGCAUUGUACCACAGGGUACAGAGUUGAUCAAGCUCUCUAUUUACUUUCUAUUACAACUUCACCUCCUGUAAUGGUAGCUGACUUAUUGUGACAGCGCAUGUCUGGAAAUAAGCCAAAGUUUGCAAAUGAAGCGAGUAGGUUCUAUGUAAUUUCAUCAGCAGUUGAGCAACUCCCUCUGAAAACAUUUCCAUAUGUGAUGCCACUUGACAUUUAGUCAAAGACUAAUGUUAAAUUAUGUCUUCAAGAAUCAAAAAUCUGUGUACAUGUCUGACUUGUUAAUAUUGAUGAUUUUAUGCCUUUCUUCAGGUAUUACAGAGAGGGCCCCUACUGUGAGAAAUGUGACCAGGAGCAGGGCCUGAGUCCUGGAGGACCUGUCCAUCUCCUCUCCUGGAGCUGCAAGGCACUAAGCUUCUACCAGUUCAGUGACGUCUGCAAACAGUGCCACACCAGUUGUCAGAGCUGCACAGAUUCCUUGCCUCAGGCCUGUAUGACAUGCGACUGGGGCAGCACUGUAAAGGACAAAUUCUGCUAUCCACGUUGUGAGGAGGGCCGAUACUACUCAGAAUAGGUGCGCUCUUGGCUACGAGCUGCAUUUCAACUGCAUUCCAACACGGACCAGGGACACCUGUGAGGCAUGUGACACCUCGUGUAGGCAUUGCACUGGACCCAGACCCAGCCAGUGUCUAACUUGUCACCGGGAUUCUGAAGGGAAUGACACUAAUUGCUGUGUUAGUGACAGCGGCUCAGCAUUGUGUGUGGAGGCCCCCCAACCCAAGUCAGGAGACGGUCAGAUGCACACUGACCAAAAUGAAAAAUCGGUCAUGUUUGGAGUGACUCAUGUGAUUGCUGUAGAUGGAUACAGCAAGAAAAUUGGUGCAAAAUACAAGUAUGCCUGCAAAGAACAAUCUAGCCAUCUAUGAAGAGGUGUACAGACCUGCAGUAACACAUUAUGGAAUGUGGGAUCAACUUCGCGUGGAUCAUGGCAAAGAGUUUUACCUGUGCCUCUACAUGCAGCAAAGACAGCCAUACCUCCAAACACAGUCAACAAGGAAUCACACAGUGGAAAGGAUGUGGCCAGAAAUUAACAACAGAGUGAAUUAUCCAUUAAAGGAGGCCCUCAUCCAGCUACAAGAUCAGGAAGCAAUAGAUAUGGAGGACAGUCUGACAAGGUUCUGCACAUCCAAUCUGACCUGCCAGAUGUGCCAGAUUGGCAUAAACAGAUUUGUGCAAUCAUGGAAUGCUCACGGGAUUCCAGAGAGAGGGAUACCAAAUCACCUAGCAGGGACUGGAACACCAAGACAAAUCACAACCGAUCUUCUACCAGAUGCCACAGUUGCAGCUGACAUGUAUCACAGGGACAUGGGAUCCUCCCUCACCAGAGUAUCUUCAUUCGGAAGUGUCCCCUUUCUGUCUGAGGCAGACAAAGUGAGAGCAGAGCAGCCCUUUGCACAUUAUUAUCCCCACCUUUCAGUUAUUUUUGACAGUGCUGUCAAUUACAACUAUGCUCCCUUCAAAGAGGCCUUGAUCUACCUCAUCGAUGUAACAAACACUUGUUCCUAAUUUCAUAUGCACUGGAUUGUGAGGAGCCUUGUAACGGAUCGCUGGACAUCUGUGUCUGUGGACACCAUUAUGCAGUUACUACUCCAACAGUAGAGGGUGUAAGUAUACCCUGAUAGUAUUUACCAUACAAGUUUUACUUUAUAUGUGUAUAUAAGUGUCACUAUAAAAAUGUCAACUGCCUAUUUUGUUACCAUUAAUAAAUCCUUUUACUGUCAUUGUA